GCUCAUAUGAAUGCCUCAAUAAGCUUCACACACUGCGUCUUAGGAAAUCUUCCCUGGAGAAAGCUGCCAGCUUACAUAAUUGGCCAGUUCCUGGGCUCCUUCUUGGCAGCAUCCCUAGUGUUCUGCAUGUACUAUGAUGCGCUGUGCGAAUACUCGGACGGACGCUUCAUUGUGACGGGACCUAAUGGCACAGCUGGGAUCUUCGCCACCUACCCUGCUCCAUAUAUGACUCUGCUGGGAGGAUUUGUAAAUGAGUUCCUUGCCACAGCGGUGCUCAUGUUGUGCAUUCUUGCCAUCUAUGACAAGAAGAAUAAUGGAGCCCUAGAGGGCACUCAGCCUGUGAUCACUGGGCUCCUGGUGUUAGUGAUCGGCAUAACAAUGGGAAUAAACACUGGAUAUGCAAUAAACCCCUCCAGGGACCUGCCUCCAAGGAUCUUUACUGCAAUAGCAGGCUGGGGAAUUGAAGUCUUUAGGGCUGGAGAUUAUUGGUGGUGGGUCCCAAUUGUAGCUCCAACACUGGGAAGUCUUGCUGGUGCCUUAGCCUACAAACUCCUAAUUGACUUUCACAAUCAGACUGCACUGGAAGGCGGAGAUGAGAAAGGAAAGGACGAUUUGCAGACUAACAGUGUGUGA